AUGCCAGGCGAAUAUACGUGCGGGCGUUGCCUGCAGGUAAUUCAGCGAAGGGUCACCCUUCGACGUUCAACGAUCCGCCUGCAGCAUGUGCCCAACUCGCAGCGGAUAGGCGACUCUUCCGCAUUUCUGACAAGAAGGUUCAGCUCACAGAGCAAUGGACGCUUCACAUCCGGAUCUGCCCAAGGGCAAUUGAAACGGGCAUCAUUGCCUGCCUCUUCGUCUGUGUUCACUGUAUCCCAAACAGCGAAGCCAUUGGUGCACCGAGCCUCGUCUACCUCAACCCAAGCGCAGGAGACCCGAGCUUUGCUCAAACCAAACAACCUCUUCCACCCUUUCUCGAAGUCUCCUGCACCUGCUAUCCGACAGCGCGCUGCAUUUAUCAAACAGAAUGCCUUUUGCCCGCAUCCCAGUCAUCAGCAGACCCGCUCACCGGUCUCUCCUCACGACCCCGAGUCGCGCAAGAGCCAACAAGGCACUCUUCCCCCAGCACACUCGCAUUUCGAAUGCCCCGACUGCGGCGUUCCGAUCUAUUGUUCUGAGGGACACUGGAUGGAUGACUUUGAGGCCCAUCUGGAAAUCUGUGAUACAAUUAAGCAGAUCAACGAGGACGAUCACGAUCUCCAUUCCGGUCGAUUCUUCCCGGAAUUCAGCUAUCCAGGUGUGCAGGAUGACAAUUUUGUCAUCAAUAUGACCAACUGGGACACUUUCCUCUAUACGCGGGAGUUCGAUGCGAUCAAUGACGAUCGGAGCAUGCGACAAGUGACCAGAAUGCUUACAUACCCGAUGACGAUCGCGAGUGUAUUGCAUGAGCUGAGCCCUUAUAGCGUUCGUACUGGCGGCAGGCUCACGACUGAAGGACUCAAGAGCAUCAGUGCUCUCCGUUACACUAUGCAUCCUCCCAGGACUGGAGAGGGUGUCGAUAUCCAGGGCCUGCGCCUGAAAGCCCCCCCUGUUCGGAUAUUCAUUCUUGGUGCCCGCGCCGAGUCCUCGCUGCCUCGUGACGUCUGGUUGCAGCUGAGCUAUAUCUUCCCACGUUCUCUGAUUCACCUGAUCUUCAUUGGUCCCGAGAGUAUGGCCAACCGAGACGCCGAGUUCCCUCUUCCAGAACGGACACCGGAGAAUCCUUUCGGAGGCAUUGUGGAGGAUCGGCUUGGUGGGCAAUUCAAGAUCACGACUUAUGUCGACUACUUCCAUACGAUGUACAAGGCACAGUACUUCCAGCCUUUUGAUCCUUACCUGGACUGCUUCAUGCUUUUCCAUCCUGGCCUGGGCCAUCCUGCCAGCUCUCAUGAAUGGGAAGAAACGCUACCACAACUUCUGGAGACCAAAGUCCCCAUCAUCACCACAGGCUACACCCAGUGGGACAUGGAGAGAGAUAUUAACUGGGUCCGUGAGAAGUGCGCUGGCGAGUUCGACAUCUUGCUGGAACCCGGAGAGAACAUCUUCCGCAGUCUGCGUUGGGACCUGAACGAUCUGGAUCCCCAUGAUGUCUCCUGUGGGAACUGGGGUGUGUGGGCUUUCAGAGGGAAACGGUACGUGAUCACUAUCCCAAGCUCAACUGCAUGUCAUGGUGUAAUAGCUAACAUCCUUGCUCCCAGGUACGAGGCUAUCCACAAGGACUCUUAA